AACAGCCCUGAGCAAGCUAAACAGUAAAAACAGUACUCUCUGCUUGACAUUGUGUUUGAUCAUGAUAUUUACAGAAAACAAUCUUAAUCAAGUUGAACAGGAUAUAUAACAACUAAACAGAGUGAAGUAUUUCUGUAUAUAAAGGCGUCGCAAAUCAUUCAUUCCUCUCCAUCAUCAUCAAAACACAUACAUACACAAACCCACAACACAACACACCAAUAAUCAUGUCAUCCCCAAACAGCUGGCAAAGCAAUCUCUACGGAGAUCGAGCCCCCUCCCGUACCGGACCAAGUGCCGGGCCGGAAAGCUCCCCAUACAACUCCUCUCCUGGCCCUGGUUGGGGUGAGCGAGACCGCUAUACUAACCCUAGAGAGAAUAUCCCAUAUGGAGCAGACAGAGGUGGUAGAGGUCCUUACCGUAGUCCUUACUUCUCAUCCGCUAUUCCGUAUGGUGCUGACACGGGAUACAGCAAUAGACGUCCUUCCCCACCCCCAUAUCGAGCUCCCGUAGCUGAUAUGGGAUACGGAGGCGAGUCUGGUCGGUUCUCUUCCGAUACUCCAUAUCGCGCUCCUGUAGCCGAUAUGGUAUACAGCAGAAGCACCUCCCGUCGUCCCUCCAAACCCGAUCUCCCAUAUCGUGCUCCUGUAGCUGAUAUGGGAUACGGAAGUGACCGUCCUCAGUACUCAUCUGACAUCCCAUAUCGCGCUCCUGUAGCAGAAAUGGGUUACAGCAGAAGAAGCAUCACUCCUCCCUCCACACCUAGUCUCCCAUAUCGUGCUCCAGUAGCAGACAUGGGAUACGGUACCUUCGGCCCGUAUAGCGUCAGCCCCAGCCGACCUCGAGCAAACACCAACGCUGACCCAUAUCGCAGUCCUGGAGCCUAUCCUCAAUACCUAGAUAGAGAUCCUCUCGACAUCAGAGAGCGAGAUACCCGUAGUCGUAGCCCAGAUCAAUAUCGGAGACGAUAUUACGAUGAUGGGCCGAGAAGACGAGAGUGGUAAGUCAGUGUGUAAACUAAGUCGGUGAGUCAUCCCCAAACCAUUUUCCUUUGUAAGUGAGCAAGUGGCUCGUCAACAGAGAAAAGUAGAAAAUAAUC